AUGAUGAAGCAAUUCACCGGACUUGUCUUUCUCUGCAUCAUUUCUUUCUUCUCCAUCGGUGGAAAUGCUAAUUCCAGUUUAAUUUCCGAUCUGUGCAAACAUUGUGACGACCCAAAACUCUGUCUCUCUACCAUAAAGUCGCGUCCUGAGUCCGGCGAAUUUGCAGCCACCAACAACCAAAUUGAGAUUAUAGCUAUCUCCGUUGCAUCGUCAGACGCAUCUGCUACUUCUGCUUACAUCAAGGAAAAGCUGAGCCAUGAGGAUUUGGAGCCAGCAACGGAGGCCACAUUUGAAGACUGCCAGAAAAACUACCAAGAUGCUGUGGAGCAGCUCGACGACUCAAUAUCCGCCAUGCUCACCGACGCACAUGCUGACGUUGACGUCUGGCUGCAUGCGGCGAUAAGCGCCAUAGAGUCAUGUGAUACCGAGUUAGAGUCACGCGGAGGAAAUGAUGCAGAGCUUUCAAAGAGAAACGAGGUGUUUCUCAAGUUGUGCAAAAACGCUUUGGUGAUAAACAAGAUGUUAACCUGA